AUGACUUCACCAUUUGUUUCCUUUCUACUUCUCUUUGAAGGCCAAGACAUUAAUAUUUUUGUUUUUCAAAUCUUAGAGAGACCCAAAAGCAUGGUUACCAACAAAGUUGUUAACAAGAAGAAAUUUUCAGUAAUUUUUGUAAAAUUUUCUUUAUGUUUACUAUUGAUGGGUCUUGCUUAUCGUAUCUUCUCCUCCACCUCUCUGCAAUUUUCUCCUCUUGAGGUUUCUCACAAGGAUUUUCCACCGGAAAACACAUUGUUCCCGGCGCCGGAAUCCGGUAAUCUUACCGUGAAGAUGAUGGACCCAAGUUCACGAAAUGGAAAAUGUGAUUUAUAUGUAGGAGAUUGGGUAGCAGAUACCAGUGGUCCAUUUUACACUAAUCAAACUUGCUAUUCCAUUGAAGCUCACCAAAAUUGUAUGAGAAAUGGGAGGCCUGAUACUGGCUAUCUUUACUGGAGAUGGAAACCAAGAGAUUGUGAGCUACCUAAGUUCAAUCCCAAGAGGUUUUUUCAUAUGACGCGACACAAAUCAUUAGCCUUCAUUGGUGAUUCAAUUAUGCGCAAUCAUGUCCAGUCAUUGCUCUGCAUUCUCUCUCAGGAGGAAAAAGGUGUAGAGGUUUACCAUGACAAGCAAUACAAAAGCAGAAGAUGGUAUUUUCCAAUUCAUGACUUAACUCUUUCAGUUGUCUGGUCACCGUUUCUUGUAAACGCCACUGUAUUUGAAGAUGACAAUGGAGUUUCAACGGAUAUCAUCAAGCUCCAUCUUGAUAAACUUGACGAUGUUUGGACUCAACAGUUUGACAAUUUUGAUUACGUAGUUAUUGCUGGAGGGAAAUGGUACUUGAAAACAGCAGUUUACUAUGAGAAGAGUAAGAUUGUUGGUUGCCACAACUGCAAAGGUAAGAACAUAACUGAGGUUGGAUUUGAAUAUGCAUAUCGCAAAGCACUGAACUCGACUCUGAAACACAUCACAAGAUCGAAGCACAAGACGUUUACUUUCUUUAGAACGACAACACCAGAUCAUUUUGAGAAGGGUGAAUGGAACACUGGAGGUUAUUGUAAUAGAACAGAACCUUUCAAAAAAGGUGAGAUUGACAUGAGAGACAUCGAUGAGGCAAUGCGUAAAAUUGAGUUGGAUGAAUUUGAGAGAGCAUUGAGAAUAAGUUCAGAAGUUGGGUUGACAUUAAAACUGUUUGACACUACUUUUCUUUCGUUGCUUCGGGCAGACGGUCACCCAGGAGUCUACAGACAAUACCAGCCAUUUUCUGGUGGAAACAGACUUGAAAAAGUUCAAAAUGAUUGUCUACAUUGGUGCUUGCCUGGUCCAAUAGACUCUUGGAAUGAUUUAAUGAUGGAAACUUUGAUCAGCAUUUUGAGAUGAGAACAUGCAUCAUGUAUUAUAGGUUGACCCAGACACCACGGUUAUACAUAUACGUCCCCAUGGCUGCACAUAAAUUAGACUCGACUAAAUAAAUCAUCGUCGAUACUUCAUGUAUAACAUUCCCUCUUCCCCUUUGAGAUUUUUGAAAUAUAUAG